GGCUACGACAGAUCCGUUCCAAGCCGUAUCGUUUGUGAGCUCCGGCAACAGAUGGCGGCGGUGGCUGGGAGGACCUCUAGCACAAAUUCAACGGGGUGGUGGUUCUGUAGGGGGAGUCCGGACCAGCUUCAAGAGAGGGACAGGACUUUCACAACCUAUUCUUACUAAUUCCAGUCUACAGUUUUGGGAUUUCCCCCUUUUAAACCUUGGAAUUCUCCUGAAGGCCGCAGAAGCCUCGGACUCGAUUUAUCAGCUCACUGAUAGAAGGCAUCUGAGGGACUGCUUGGAAAGUCUCUUGAAACGUGUUUCUCGAUUUGAAGACUUGGAUUUUUUUUUACCGUCUAGAGUCAGUUGUGUUUACUUGACUCAUAAAAAAUGAAUUGAUGCUAAAGAGAAUUAAAUUAACGAGACAAGCUAGCCAACUUGCUAUGAUGCUAGCUAGCUACUUAGCAUUGAAACUUUAGCAUUUUGAAUGAAUGAAUGAAAAGCCAGACGCUUGAAUUAAAGUAAAAACUGCUUGUUAUUUCACUGUUUCCUGAUACAUACCAACAAAUGGACAGGAAUGCGGCUCCUGGGAGAAGGUGGACAGCAGCGAUUUAGCAUUAGUGUUGUGCUAAUACUGACUAUAGUCUGGUAAUGUUAAUGAGGUUGGGGGAAGCUAACUUUAGCUAGCUAGAAUUUUUUUGCACUACUUGGACUUGGCUGCAAUAGUGUGAAGCUUACACCCGGUUUGGAAUGGGGAAUACGGUGUCAUGCUGCGUCUCACCCGAAUCGAGCCCGAAGCUUCCGUCGAGACAACCGGCAGAGCGGCUGGAGGAGUUCCAGACCAGCACCGAAGUGAGCGAUGACAACACGGUGCCCUACCUGCAGCACAUCAGCGACAGAGAAGUCCUUGAUGAGCUGGGCUUGGAGUCAAACCCGUCAGACCACGCCCGGGGAAGUACCAUCUUCCUUAGCAAGUCCCAGACAGACGUACGAGACAAGAGGAAAAGCAACCACAUAAAUCAUAUCAGUCAUGUAUCUCCUGGACCACUGUCAAAAAAGUACAGCUCCUGCUCCACAAUCUUCAUCGAUGACAACACGGUCAGCCAGCCAAACCUCAAAAGCACAAUCAAAUGUGUCACGUUAGCCAUAUACUACCACAUCAAAAACAGGGACUCUGACAAGUCACUGGACAUCUUUGAUGAGAAGUUGCACCCCUUAUCAAGAGAGCCAGUGCCUGACGAGUACUGCCGUGUAGAUCCAGAACACAAACUGAUCUACCGCUUUGUCAGAACACUCUUCAGCGCCGCCCAGCUCACUGCAGAGUGUGCCAUCGUCACUCUAGUAUACUUGGAACGUCUGCUGACCUACGCUGAACUUGACAUCUGCCCCUCUAACUGGAAGCGCAUCGUCCUGGGAGCCAUCUUAUUGGCCUCCAAGGUCUGGGAUGACCAGGCUGUGUGGAACGUAGACUACUGCCAGAUCCUCAAAGACACCACUGUGGAAGACAUGAAUGAGAUGGAGCGCCACUUUCUGGAGCUGUUGCAGUUCAACAUCAACGUGCCAGCCAGCGUCUAUGCCAAGUACUACUUUGACCUGCGGCAGCUGGCUGAUGACAACAACCUCAAUUUCCCUCUGGAGCCUCUCAACAACCAGCGAGCCCAGAAACUGGAGGCCAUUUCAAGACUUUGUGAGGACAAGUACAAGGACCUGAGUCGAGCCGCAAUUAGACGAUCCUUCAGCGCAGACAACCUGAUAGGUAUACGACACACCAACGCUGUGCUCUCAUAGGUCAGACCUCUGCUCUCUGAAGACCCAGCUGCCCCACAGCCAGUCCUGGACAAACAGAGCCACCACCACCACCACCACCACCACCACCACAGCCCUGAGGCAGGAUUCAGCCUGAGAAUGCUGCUUACUGUUUCACCUGCCUGAACAGUAACCGGCAUGGCGGCUGGAGAGCUGUGCGAUUGUCAAAUUUAACUUGAAAUUCAGGUGUUAACCCAAAACUUCACUACACGAUUAUUAUUUUAUGUAUCUCAUAUUUAUUUCUUAAUUAUCCCGUAUUUCCAGGACGGAGCGUUAAUAAGAACGGCUCUGCUGUCUCUGAGGGGAGUCUCUGUAGUGUUAUCAAAAUGUUCUUUUCCUCACAGCCAGAAGAGAUGAGGCUGCUGUGCAUUCAGGGUUUUUAGUACUUGUCAACAAACUUCAUGGAAAGACCAAAACAACAAUGUUUAUGUGUCUCUGUACUUUGUGACCUCUCUGCCCGCCUGUAGGAGUCUGAAAAACACUCAAAUAAGCCGCUGUCUUUACUGAAGGAAUAGCUCUUUAAACGGGUCACGCAUGUAUAGUUAUUAGUAUUAACCUAAAACAUGCAGCUGUGUCAUCACAGUGUACUUGAAUUCAAACAGAAGGAGGUUUUGCAUAUUUGUGGGACUAUUUUUAGCGGUGGAUUGAUACACUUUGCUGCUCAAAGUGAGUAUUUAAAGCAGAAGAGAGGUGGAGCAUCAUGUCAUCAUGCUGAAAGGACAAGAAUGGAGCUCUGUGGCAAAGAUGAAUAAGAUGCAUCAGGUGACGUUGGCUUCCUUGUUGCUUCUGUCUUUUCAUGGGAUUUGUUGACACGCUUUUCAAAAAGGCUCAUAACAUCAGACGCAGAAGUUGUUCCUUGUAAAUUAGAGUUAAAUCUAAAAGUUGUUUUUGAGUGGGGGUGUCAUGAUUGUCAAAAAGCAUGACAUUUGAUCUUCAAGUCACGACUUGAUUCAGUUUAAAUAGUUUAUCUUGAUGUGGUUUUGAUGAUAUCCACUUAAAGCUGCAGUUGGUAGGAUUGGGGUAAAACAACAGUACUUAUUUUGCACUGUGUUCGGCAAAAAAGUCACAACACUCAUCAACAGCCAUCAAUUAAUGAGGUAUUUUGAGAUUAUGGUGAGACCUCUGUAUUUUCCUCUGCCUCUGUAUCCAGAAAUCUAUAAAGUCCAAUCACUCCCGUCAGCUCUGACCAAUUAGGGGUGAGUAUUGCCAAGAACCUCACGAUACGCAUCAUGAUACUUGGGAUAGAAUCACAAUAUAUCACGAUAGCACAAUAUUGUGAUAUAUUGUGAUAUUCUACACAGUAAACUAAGAAAAAAUAGGGAUGGUGUAAAUGUAAAUUACACAAUAUUACUCAAAAUUGAAAGGACAAAUUAAGUCAAAACUGUUUGAUUGAAAACAACUUAUCCACUUUAUUGUUUCUGAAAUAAUGAAGUCGUAUUUUAGGUCCAACUCGGCUAAAAUGUGAAUUAUUAUUAUUACAAAAAUAUCUAUAUUAAGAGUUGAAAUACCGAUAUCAUAUUGGAGGUUAAAGUAUCGCGAUAUAUUGCUGUAUCCAUAUUUUUUCACACCUCUAUGACCAAUCAGAGCCACUCUCCUGAUUGGUCCUCCUACAUCGUCCUGAUUGAGCGUGCACUAGAUCUGUUUGUGGGCGGGGCUUACAGGAGCAGAGAGGGGUGUAGUGAGAGGGGAAAUCUGGUGUGGAGGGGUCGUGUUGACAUUCGAUCUCUCCCUGAAUGGUUUAUUCCAGGACUACCAACAGCAGCUUUAAAGCAUCAGCUACAAAAUGUAGUCUCUGAAGUCAGCCGAACAUUGGUGGAUGAUUCUGUUUCAAAAAACCUCUGAAUAUUGCCACACAGGUGACUUUCCAGAAGUAGAUCUGUUGAAUUAUGGGAACUGAGGCUACAUCCACAGAAGUAAGCAACACAGUUGUCACUCCAAAACAUUUUUUAGCUUCGUCUUUUUCUGACACUAUCAAGAAAAAGUUGUAAAAAGUUAUCAGAUCAGGUUAUUGACUUCAAAGCUUUGUAUCAUUUUUAAUCAAUAAUCAUAAUCAUGACACCCCCUCUCAUGAGAUAUUGAUUUGUUUACGGUUGAGUCCAACGCUUUAUGACUUUAUAUUUAGUAAAUUAUCUACACGUUUUGUAUUCUUUUUGUAUUUGGAUGGAGCAAACGGCAUGUUUCAGAGAUAAAGUAUUGAGCUUAAUAUUCCACAGGAGCUGACUGAAGUAAACAAACCUUCAGUCAGCUGUAAAUCAGGAGUGCCAACCUGAAGUCAGUGUCACGUAUCAGAUACACGUCAUGUGGUCAAAUAGAAACUGUUUACAGAAUCUGGAUCAGUGUUGCUCCAGAGUGUCUGGGUACAGAUGAGGGUUGGGUCUGAGUAUUGUCCCCCUUAAAAAAUCCUGCCAUCCUGACCUCCAAGAGCCCCUAAACUGAUUUACAGAGUCCGUGCUCGCCCCAGGCCCCGACCAGAGCUUUGAACAAACUACAUAGAUACUGAGGGGGAAAGACUGAUGGGUACUCCCCUCCUUUUUGCUUACUAUGUAGGCUACUAGCUGUGAAAUUUGUCUUGUUUUUAAUUGAAAAAAAAAAACAUUUGCAGAUGGAGUAUUUUAAAUAAACACUAAUCAUGUAACAAAGAAA